GCUGCAUAGACAAAUAGACAAGCCGUGGACAAACCAUUGUACAAAUGCGUGUCGAUGAAAUGCGGCGAACGUGGUCUGAAUAACGUGGAGCACUGAGCAAUCGCGGAGGCCGAAACUUAUGUACCGGCUUGCGUGAAUGUACUUGUGAGAGAUCUUUCGAGGCGAGAGCGUUAGACCGGCGACCGAAGUAAAACUCGCGACUAAAAUAGCAUUCAUACAUGCUACCGGCAGCGAUGUCGGCGUGUGUUGAAGACGUGGCCCGGCUUUCUUUGAAUGACUGCGGCGAUCAAGCGGACAAGAGAACUGACGAAGACGUGGUGAAUCCGUGGAAUGUGGUCAGUGCGUCGGCGACCGGCAUCGACUAUGACAAGCUGAUCGUGAAGUUUGGCUCGUCGAAGGUGACGCAAGACCUCGUGGACAGGAUUGAGAGCCUUACAGGGAAGAAAGCGCACCACUUCCUUCGGAGAGGUGUUUUCUUUUCGCACAGGGAAUUGAACGAGAUUCUAAACGCUUAUGAACAAAAGAAGCCAUUCUACCUCUAUACGGGGAGGGGCCCGUCUUCCGAUGCCCUGCACAUUGGUCACCUGAUCCCUUUCAUCUUCACCAAGUGGCUUCAGGACACUUUCGAUGUGCCCCUGGUAAUCCAGCUCACUGAUGACGAGAAGUUUUUAUGGAAAGACAUGACGGUGGAGGAGACAGAGAAGAUGGCCCACGAAAACAUGCGAGACAUCAUCGCCUGUGGCUUUGACCCUGCGAAGACAUUCAUCUUCACAGACUUUCAGUUUGUGGGGAGGUGCCCCGAGUUCUACAAGAACAUUGUCAGGAUACGGCGAGGUGUCACCUUCAACCAGGUGAAAGGCAUCUUUGGUUUUGGUGACAGCGACUCCAUCGGCAAGAUUAGUUUCCCGGCUGUCCAGGCUGCGCCGGCACUGAGUUCAUCUUUUCCAUUCAUCUUUGGAGAGAAGAGCCGUGUUCCUUGCCUCAUUCCUUGUGGAAUCGACCAGGAUCCUUAUUUCCGGAUGACCCGGGACGUGGCGCCCAAGCUGGGCUAUCCCAAGCCUGCCCUGCUGCACUCGGUGUUCUUCCCGGCGCUGCAGGGGGCACAAAGCAAGAUGAGCGCCAGCGACCCCAACUCGUCAAUAUUCCUCACUGACACCCCUGCUCAGAUCAAGAACAAGAUCAACAAGUAUGCCUUUUCUGGAGGUGGUGCUACCAUUGAAGAACACAAGGAAAAAGGAGGUAACUGCGAUGUGGACAUAUCAUACCAGUAUCUCCGCUUCUUCCUCGAUGAUGACGAGAGGCUGGAACAGAUUCGCAAGGAUUACACUAGUGGAGAGCUGUUGACGGGCUACCUGAAGAAGGAAUUGAUCGGCAUCCUGCAGAAGAUCAUUGCUGACCACCAAACUGCCAGGAAGGCUGUCACCGAUGAUGUCAUAGCCAAGUUCACAACUCCGAGGCCACUAGAAGUCAAGCGGCAAUGUUAGAUGCCUUGCUGUACAGUGUGCAUUCUCCAACUUCCGGUUAUUAACUUCCAUAUGCAGGAAGUUUGUGUGGGUUGCAGUGGCGUACUGUAAUGAGAACUUUUUGUGUAAGAAUUAUUCGAUUAUGCCAAUGCGCAACCGCUCUUGUUUUUCAUUUGCUGCCUUGUGGAGUGCCUUGGUGGAGCAACUCCAUUUUGAUUCCAGUGUGGGCAUGUGACCAUAUUGGGUAACUUUGAAAGCGUUAAGAAUUAACGUACGGAAAUGGAAAGUAUGAUCAUGUGACAUCUGGUAUAUACUGCAGUAACAUUUUUGUAACAAUUUUCAGGUUAUGCGAAACAACAUCCACCUUUUCUUUUCAUUUGCUGUGGAAUAAAAUGGUGCUUGGUGGAAAAACUUACUUUUUCGCUCCAGUGAGAACAUAGGACCAGAUAAGGUCACUUAGAAAUAAUGAAAAUUAAGGCCCAGAAUAGGGAAGUGUGAUAAAGCACUUGUCAAUGUGUGUUGCAAUGGAACAUUUGUGUAAGAAUUCUGGGUUUGUGCCAAAGCUGUCUCCUUUAUUUUGUUUGUCACCGAAUAACGGGAGAUUUUAUGGAUAAGCUCCCUUUUGACUUCAGUGUGAGCUGGCAACAAGAUGGAAUCAUUGAAAAUCAUAAAUUAAGACCCUGAAACAGGAUGCACUUUUUAGUGGCAUUUGGCGCAUUGUUAGGAAGCCAUUUGUGUAAGAAUUUUUGCUUUAUACCAAAGUAGAAUCUUUAUGUUUUUUUGCCACAACGUAGCGAGGAUUUUGCAGAGGAAGUUCCUUUUGAGUCCCAUAUUAGCUCACUACCAGUUAAAACCUCUUGGAACUUUUCAUGAUAUCCUCUUGGAGAUUAUGAAAAAUCGAAACUUAGAAAUGGGAAGCAUAAUUAAAUGCCAUUGAGCGCAUGAUCACACUUUUGUAAAGGUCUUCAGAUUAUGUUGAAAUGCAGUCUUUUUUUUUGUGUUUUCCAUGAAGUGGAGAUACUCAAUUUUGAUUCUGAGCAGGGAAACAGAUAAGGCCCCUUUAAGAGCACGAAGAACCAAGGACUAGAAGGGAUAAGCAUGAUGCGACACCAGGAGGCAUGGAACAGAAGUCCGUUCCAAGCUGUUUGGUUGUUAUGGUAACCAUGGUGAAGGUACAUUUGCCUUUUCACCAAAUGGUGCUAGCACGUGAUGGCCUCUCAGUGACUCAACAUGUUUUUUAUGUCAGGCAAUGCGAGAUAGUGGAUUUUCUCUUAUGAAAUGUUUGUUUCCCAGCGCACCCUGUGCAGUGGAAUGAAGAACAAUUGGAUAUUGCAGAUCUGCAAGCGUUAACCUUUGUGUAAUUGUAAUUGAAUGAAGUGCUGGGUACUGUGCUUCUAGUGUCUGUGGAGAAACAGUUUCGUCUUGCAUGACGUGAGCACUGCCUUCCGAGUCGACAGCUUGCUGAAACAGAAGUGUUUCAAUGAGGCUUUAUAAAUAAAAGGACUUUUUUAAUGUGCUGA